GAGAACGACGGCAGCCUGAUGAUCCCGCACCGCCUGUUGCCCUUCAGGAAGACCUUCAAGGGCACGUUCAUGGUGAAUGGAGGGUAUGACAGGGAAGAAGGGGACAAGGCUAUCGCCGAUGACUACGCCGACCUGGUCGCGUACGGGCGGCUCUUCUUGGCGAACCCCGACCUGCCGGAGAGGUUCAGGAAGAACGCGGCGCUGAACAAGUAUGACAGGAGUACGUUUUACACCUCUGAUCCCAUUGUUGGCUACACAGACUACCCGUUUCUUGAUUUGCCUUAGCUAAGCUAUCUCAAAGAUGGGUUGUCUGAAUCCACCAUGGUUUGUUAGUUUGCACGGAUAUAAAAUCUUCACAAAACAUGAAUUGGAUGGGUUGUCUGAUCCUGCUUGAGGGUGUAUUAUUAUAGAUAGGGUUUUUUCUAUGUCUCAGUGCGACGCGCUCCAGUUACAUUUCCUUUUAAACUGUGGUUAUACUUUAUUUUUUUGGUGGUGUGCUAAUAUGGUGAACAUACAAGUUAUUUUA